AAGCUGAGGUUGAUUGUGGUAGAUGAGAGGCAGCUGGAAGCCUGACUCCUGCACACCAGACUCCACUCCUGCAAUUAGGACAGACAGAGGGAGGGAGAGAGGAGAAACAGAGAACCUACCUAGGAGCAGCAGGCCUAACGUUGCCUGAGAAAGCUCCACAACCUACAUCACGUUGAGUUGUCAGUGAGAAGAGACGCACCGACAGACAGACGCUGCUCUCAGAGACAAAAUGGCUUCCAUGUCAGAGGAGGAUUUCUGCUGUUCGGUCUGUCAUGAAGUCUUUAGAGAUCCUGUUGUUCUGUCAUGUAGCCACAGCUUCUGUAAAGACUGUCUGAAGAACUGGUGGAGAGAGAAAAAGACACAGGAGUGUCCAGUUUGUAAGAGAAGAUCUGUGAAUUCAAAACCACCUUUAAACCGGGUGUUAAAGAAGCUGUGUGAGAGUUUCUUACAGCAGAGAGAUCAGAGAGCUUCAGAGGCUCUCUGCAGUCUGCACUCUGAGAAACUCAAACUCUUCUGUCUGGACCAUCAGCAGCCAGUGUGUGUCGUCUGUCUACAUUCAGAAAAACACUCCAACCACAUAAUCAGACCCAUCGAUGAAGCUGCAGAACAACACAAGAAGAAACUUCAGGAAACUCUGGAGCCCUUAAAGGAGAAGAUAAAGGUUUUUGAACAAGUUAAAGAGGAGUGUGAUGAAACAGCAGAACACCUGAAGGUCCAGGCCCGACGCACAGAGACGGAGAUUGAGGAUCAGUUUAAGAAGCUUCACCAGUUUCUAGAAGAGGAAGAGGAGGCCAGGAUGGCUGCACUGAGGGAGGAAGAGGAGCAGAAGAAUCAGAGGAUGAAGGAGAAGAUGGAGGCUCUGAGCAGAGAGAUAGCAGCUCUUUCAGACACAGUCAGAGCCACAGAGGAGCAGCUGAGAUUGGAGAAGGAGACCCCGGACGACAGUCUGAGCCUGAUGCUAGUAGCUCCGUGGAGCCCGACCCUGGCAAGACCUGCAGGUCAAGUGCAACCGCGACUGGGGAAGCAUUUGGGCCACAACUGCCUGUUGAAUCAGUGGGUGUGA